AAAAGAAAACUCAUUUGAAUACAAAGCAGUGCAAAGUUUAUUCAUGUAAAGAUACAAUGCACCAAUGAAACAGGAAGAAGGUCAUUUUCGCCAUUGCGUGACGUGAUUUCCGUCCCAUAAACCUGUGACGUUCACAUCACUUCCACUUUUCAUGGUUCGAUCUAAACAAAGGCGAGCUUGUGGAAUUUAGGUAACACCAAGGUAAGUGAAGCGCUCAGACGGUCACUCCAAUCACCGCACGUGCGCAGGGCGUUCGCAGUAACGUAUUUCCUUGACUUCUUAAACAUCCUAUGGUUUUGGGUGGCAUCUUGUCAGUGUUGAUGUUAGGUGAGGUUCUCUAAUCGUUGUAUGGUCAGCUCAGGAUAAUUUGAAUUAUGUCAUACAUGUACCGGUAUUUAAAUGCAAUACUCGACAUUUUUGUCCAUUUAAUGUCUUUUCCCACACACACACCUACAGAUGAAGUCGUAUCUAUUAUGGAUAGUGGCAUCUAUUAUAUUAUAUUGUCCUUUGCAUAUCUACCGUCGAGAACAUGAUCCAUAUCCACGACUUUGUCAUUACAGGGCAUCCAAUGACCAUCCUAUUGUAUAUUUUGAUUUUUUUUUAUUCACUAGAUAUCCUGCUUAAAUGAUAUCCACAUUUAUAAGGUUAUUUUCAAUAACAUGUUCAAUGCCUUAUGGAUGUUAACACCACCCCCCCCACACACACACACACACUCCCCCCCCCUUUUUUCCAUCAAACAGUGUGUCAAUUAUAAAACUGAUUUCCCGUAUUAAUGACUUCGUCCACACAGCAUAUCCACUAUGGCGCAUCCGAGGCCGGACAUACCAAGUGGAUUGUUGGGGUCGAAGCCUAGUUUUAGCGAGCUCAAGCUCCAGACUGACUCCCACAGGAACUCCGAGUUCAAACUUGAAGGGGUCAACAAUGUGGUGAUCAGAAUCAAAACUGGGGUACCCAUCAAGGUAAGAGAAUUAAUACCAGGUGUCUGCCACAUGAUGAAAAAAAAAAAAAACCUGCAACCUACGGUAAUGUGUGGAUUUUUUCAAGUGGUUUGAAGAUGACUGUAACUUUGGAGUACUCCAGCAUGAACUCCGAGUUCAAACUUGAAGGGGUCAACAAUGUGGUGAUCAGAAUCAAAACUGGGGUACACAUCAAGGUAAGAGAAUUAAUACCAGGUGUCUGCCACAUGAUGAAAAAAAAAAAAAACCUGCAACCUACGGUAAUGUGUGGAUUUUUUCAAGUGGUUUGAAGAUGACUGUAACUUUGGAGUCUAAGAUUUAUCUACACGUAUUAUUUUGUUCUACAGCCUUGCAUUACUUCCACUGGACAUGGAUGUUGUGUCGAUUUAUACAAAAUAUGGACCAGCUUGCAUUCAUUUACUGGACAUGGAUGUUGUGUCGGUUUAUACAAAAUAUGAACCAGCUUGCAUUCAUCUACUGGACAUGGAUGUUGUGUCGGUUUAACAAACAAUAUAUACCAGCUUUCACACAAGCCAUAAAGUUGAAAUCAGUCAGGUUACCUAACCUCGUCAAGUCUAGUCACCUUUCAAAUUUUGACACAGAUCUCUUGUGAUCCUAUUUGAAAGGCUCUCAUUUCUAAGAGCAUCUGUCUAAUAAAUAUUAUGCCUUGCAAGUCUUCAGAAAUCAAGACCUUAGACGACUAAUUAUAACGUGUUAAGGUUACUCUGGGAAAUAUCGUUGACCUCCCAACAAAUAGACCAGUACCGUAGCUAAGGGGGGGGGGGUCCAAAUUCGCAAGUCCCCCCGGGCCCCUACUUGAGGGGGGGCCCCCCGAAGGAGUCUCCGAAUUUUUUUUUUACAUUAAAUAAUGUCGAAUGUCAAAAUGCAGGGGCCCCUAAAGCGGCCAAGCCCCCCGGGCCCCCAAAUCCCUAGCUACGCCACUGAAAUAGACUAUAUUUGAUAAUGACACGUCUUGGAUUAUAUUACGUUGCGUUUUGAACUAAUGUCUUGUACUUGAAAUAAAGAUACAUAUUUUUUAAUCUAAUCUUGGUGAUUUAACAAUGAUAAGCUAGGCGAACCUUUUACUUCACUCAGCAAAUAGUUUAUUUUGUAGUUCAUAAUUUGUUGUUUAGUAACAGGAUGCACCAAUCAUGUAUUAGUAAUAAACGGUGAAAUUUUUACAGACUAUUUUUUUUAGAAAUGUAUUUGAGUCGGAACAAUUUUAUUUUUUUCCAGCAGGCUUCAAUAUAAAUUAUUUUCCCAAUAAUAAGAAUGGUUAAAUUAAAAAAAAUUGCAUCCUAUCCUUAGCUCCAGGGACGUAACUGUGCUCACCGAAGUAAUCCCGUAAAGAGGCGAAUGUCAUCGGCCAUUGUUUUGAUAUUUCUUUAAAUUUCAGACCGUGACACAGCUCAUCGAGUGCUCGACCGAAACGGAACACCCCACCCACGUGCUGGUCCAGCGGAAGGACAAGGAGGCGGUCCACUUCCACGUCGCGUUCCCCAGCAACGGCUGGUUCAAGUUCCUCAUCUUCGCCCUGCAGGAGGAGGACCCCAGCGACUCGUUGCCGAACGUCUACAACUACCUGAUCAGCGCCGAGCAGGUGAUUCGACCGGCCAAGCCCUACCCGGCCAUGUACUCGAAAUUCUACAACGACUGCUGCUUCCUGUACGAGCCGAUGGUCCUCAACAUGAACUCGAAGCACCUGAACAGCGUCAAGUUCAGCCUGGUCGUGCCCGAGGCGCUGAAGGUGGCGCUCCACGUCAUGGACGAGUGGUUUCACCUGGAGAAAAACGGGGAUCGGUUCGAGAAGACCGUGGACCUGUCCCCGUACAAAGAGAAAGGGACGACGAUACAAGCCAUGGCGUCGUACGAAGCCCAGGGCACGAGAUACGCCGCACUCCUUGAGUACACCAUGUAGAUAAUGCGCCGCACUCCUGCAGUACACUAUGCCGAUACGCCUCCUAUCCAGGCUCCACAUCCAGUGGGAAUGAAGAGUGGUUUCGUUCCUUGUUUUGUUUUUUUCAAAGAAAGGGUUUCCCACCGGUCUUGACUUUAAAUAAAAAGUGCGGGG